AUGUCAACUUAGAAGGGGAACAUCAAGAAGAAGGGACAAAAGUAUCAGAACGACACUAAAUUUCAACAUAAUAAAAAGUCCAAGAAGACAGAGAAAAUACUCCAAACUCCCUUAGAUCAUCUAUGCCAGAGAUGUCUCGACAUUCUAUAGUGGAAGAUAGAUUAUAGAAAGUAUAAGCCAUUGACAGCUCUAGCAAAGUGCAAUACUUGUCUAUAGAGAUGCAUCAACAAAGCAUAUAGAAUGAUUUGCGAGAAAUGCGCUGAAAAACCAACAGCUGAGGGAGUGAAACAGCUUCUCUGUACUAAAUGUGGAAAAGAUACUCUUACUGAAGGAGGAGUAGGCUAUGCUGAAUAAGCCCUGACAAGUAAAGCAUAAAAUGAGCAAUAGGCCAAGCUUGAAAGUGAUAUGGAAGAAACAUUGAAAACUUUGAAGGAAAGAUGCAAAAGAACUGUUUUAAGAAAGAUUGACACUGGAGAAGUUACUUAUGAUCCAAUCAAGAAGAUAUUUAUAUACAAGGAUACAGAUGAAGAGUACAAAGUAGGAGAAAAGAGGGAUGGAGAUAAGGAUAGCGAUGAUGAUAGUGAAAAUGACUCUAAUGAUGAUGAAAAUUCUGAUAAAGAUAAAGAUGAUGAUAGUGAGGAAGAAAAGAAAGAAUCUAAAGAAAAGAUUAAAACAUAGCCUGCUAUCAUAACAUAAAAAGAUGAAGUUAAGGAAGAAGACAAAAAGGAGGAAGAAAAAUAGUAAUGA